AUGUGUCAAGCAGAAUUAAGCCUACCAGUUGACGAAACGCUGUUUUGGACAGAUAGUACCUGCGUACUCAAAUACUUGGAGAAUGAAGAAAAACGUUUUCAGACCUUUGUUGCGAACCGCAUCAGCGUGAUACGAGAGGCUUCCUCUUUGGAACAGUGGCACUAUGUCAGAACCAAUGACAAUCCUGCGGACGAUGCAUCUAGAGGAGUUUCGGCUGCUCAACUACAUCGCUGGAUACAUGGCCCAACGUUUUUGCAGCAACCCAUUAGUACUUGGCCACAACGACCAGCAGAUAUCAAUCUGAAAAUCGCGCCAGACGAUCCAGAAGUCAAGAAAGAAUCAGCAGCUUUCGCGUGUGGAACCAUUGGUCCUGAUUUCCUUACCACUGUUAUACCAAGAUGUUCGUCUUGGAGCCGCCUGAGAAGAAUUGUGGCUUGGGUUUUGAGAUUCACGUCGAACCUGCUACGUCGUGUUCGAGAAAAAGAGAGUGUUAGAAGGGCUACGCAAACAACGACGAUCGCCCCAAUAACCGUCUCCGAAUUGCGUGAAGCUGAGAAGCAAAUCAUUAAGCACGUUCAACAAGUAGCCUUCUUAGAAGAAACUAGCAAAUUGGCGAAGAAAGAAAGCGAGGAAUCAAAUUGCAAGGGGAUAAAGAAAUCAAGCGCUAUUUAUCAACUAGAUCCCACCGUCAAAGACGGCCUGUUACGUGUUGGUGGACGACUACGACAAGCCGAGAUCAGCGAAGAAGCGAAACAUCCCUGUAUUCUGCCAAAAACCCACCACGUUGUCACCUUAAUCGUGAAUUAUUACCAUCAUGUCUCCGGACAUUCAGGCCUGGAGCACACGUUGUCUCUCAUCAGAGAGAGAUACUGGAUAAUCAAUGGAAGGUCAACGGUCAAGAAUAUCAUCGGAAAAUGCCACAGCUGCCGAAAACGUCAAUCCCCAGUGUCUCAACAAAAGAUGGCUGACCUUCCACGCGACAGAGUUACCCCUUUGAAGCCGCCGUUCACUUAUACCGGAGUUGAUUGCUUCGUACCCUUUGCAGUGAAACGAGGAAGAUCUACCGUUAAGCGAUACGGCGUCCUUUUCACCUGCCUCACUGUUCGCGCAAUCCACAUCGAAGUAGCCUCCUCUUUAGAUACGGAAUCCUUCAUCAACGCUCUCAGACGCUUCGUUGCAAGAAGAGGUCAGCCCGAAGAAAUGCGAUCAGACAAUGGGGGGAACUUCGUAAAGGGCGAGAAAGAACUCAGGCAAGCGGUGAAUGAUUGGAAUCAAACUCAGAUACAUGAAGCCCUCCUGCAACAACACGUUAAGUGGACCUUCAAUCCGCCAGCCGGCUCUCAUCACGGUGGCGUAUGGGAGAGAUGCAUACGGACAGUCAGAAAGGUUAUCCUGGCAACUCUGAAAGAGCGGCAGCUGGACGAAGAAUCCCUCAACACCCUUAUGUGUGAAGUCGAGUCUGUGGAUCGAGUGUCCCACCCGGUGUUUUCUGUAAGCAAGAUGGCUAUGGCAGAAGGAGAUGGCGUCAGGUGCAAUAUAUGGCAAACGUGUUCUGGCGUCGAUGGUUGA